CUGACAUUCAGGGAUGUGGCCAUAGAAUUCUCUCAGGAGGAGUGGGGCUGCCUGAGCCACAGUCAGCAGGAACUGUACAGGGAUGUGAUGUUAGAGAACUAUGGACACCUUCUCUUCUUGGGUCUUGUUUUGUCAAAGCCAGACCUGGUCAUUUUUUUGGAACAAAAGGAGCUCUGGGAUGUGAAGAGAAAUCACACAGUAGCCUCACACCCAGCUGUAUCUUCACACGAUACCCAGAGCCUCUUUCCAAAGAUGUGCAUAGGAACUAUUUUCGAAAGGGUGUCAGUGGAUAAAUAUAAACAUAGUGCCCUUGAGAAUGGACACUUGGUGAUAGAGUGGAACUGUGUUGGGGAGAGACAAGGGCAUCAAAGAUCUCAUGAAACACAUAUGCAAAUAGAGACAACUGCCCAUUAUAAGAAUCUCACUGCCCAAAACAGUGAAGGAUAUGAAACAUUUUGGAAACCCCCCCUCUCUAACACUGUUAAUUCUGCAAGGCAGUGUGUUUCUAUAAUCAAAGGCUCAAAUCAAGUGGUCAAACACACAUAUUUGCAGAACAAAAAUUUGGAGAAUCUGGAAAGUGACCUAGCCCAUGCUGAAAAUACUUCUUUGCACCAUUUUGACAAUAGGAUUGCAUUACCCUUUCAGUCAAAUAUUUCUGAAAGUCAGAGAUUGAAAAAGGAAGACAAAAAUGGUAAGUGGUAUCCAUUUGAGGGGUCCUUCCUUGAGCAGUCGACCUUACAACAAAACCACAGCAUUUUCAAUGAAAACAGAAUUGCUCAUUGCAGUGAAUCUGAGGAAAUACUGAACCAGGAUUCAAAUGUUAAUAAAUAUCUACGGACUCCUUUGCCAGGGAACCAUUGUGACUGUACUACAUGUAGGGAAGUCUUUUAUCAAAGCUCAAACCUUAUUAGACAGAAGAGAAUACAUUUGGGAGAGAAUCCUUCUGAAUAUACUGAGUGUGGGAAAAUUUUUAACCAGUCCUCCAAUGUUGGUGAUCAUCCGAGGAGUCCUGUGGGAAAAAACCUGUACACAUGCAAUGAACCUGGGAACGUGUUUAGUGAGUCAUCAAGACUUAAUAUCAAUAAGACAAUCCAUGCUGGACAGAAAGGUUACAUUUGUAAGGAAUGUGGCAAAGCCUUCAACUGGCACUCAACACUAAUUCUACAUCAGCAAAAGCAUACUGGAGAGAGACCUUACAAAUGUGAAGAAUGUGGUAAAACUUAUAAGUACAGCUCAUCACUAAAUAAACAUAGGAUAAUCCAUACUGGAGAGAAAAUUUACAAAUGUCAAGAAUGUGGCAAGACCUUUAACUGGCAGUCAGGCCUUAUUGGACAUCGGAAACUUCAUGCUGAGGAGAAACCUUACCAAUGUAAAGAAUGUGGCAAGGCCUUUAAAAGGUACUCAAGCCUUACUGUACAUCACAGAAUUCACACUGGAGAGAAACCUUACCAGUGUAAAGAAUGUGGCAAGGUCUUUACCCACCAGACAAGCAUUAUCAGACAUCACAGAAUCCAUACUGGAGAGAAACCUUACCAAUGUAGAGAAUGUGGCAAGGCCUUUACCCAGAAACCAACCCUUUUUGUACAUCAGAGAAUUCAUACAGGAGAGAAACCUUACCAAUGUGAAAAAUGUGGCAAGGCCUUUACCCAGACCUCAAACCUUAUGGCACACCGCAGAAUUCACACUGAAGAGAAACAUUACCCAUGUAAAGAAUGUGGCAAGGCCUUUAUUUGAGGUUAAGCUUCAUUAUACAUCAAAGAAUUCAUAUUGGAAAAGAAACUUAAAAUGUAUAGAAUGUGGUAAAAUUUUUAGGACUGCUCAACCCUUACUCAGCAUCAAAGAGUUUAGACUCAGGAGAAACAUACAAAGGGAAAGAAUGUGUCAAGCAUGUAGCUGGAACUCACAACUUGAUCAAUAUCAUUAUUUUCUUACAGAAUAGAAACCAUAAAAUAUAGAGAAAGUUGCAGUGCCUUUAGCUGGAAUUCGUUCCUUAGUAUUUCAAUGUGCAUACUAGAUGUAAACCCUACAAACAUAAUGAGGAAAGUCUUCAUAUUAAAUGUACACAUUAGGAUACACCAGAGAGUACAUAAAAGUAACUUGAAAGCUAUAAAUAUUUAUAAAAGCAUUUAAUUGAACAUCAAAUGUCAAUAUCCCAGAAUUUACAGAGAAAGCAGUUGUUACUAUUAAUAUAUUACAUCAAAAUAUUCAUUAUAAGGAAUAAUACAAAGUUAAACCUGUUCAAAAUGUAUGUGCUAUUAUGCUUCAAAAGGUUAUUUGGAUGAAUUGUUGCAUAAAUAUAGCUAAUUUCAUUCUCAGUUUUUUGGGGGCACCUGGGUGGCUCAGUCGGUUAAGCAUCCGAAUUUGGCUCAGGUCAUGAUCUCCCAGUUUGUGAGUUCAAUCCCCUGAUCAGGUUCUGUGCUGGCAGCUUAUAACUUGGAGCCUGCUUCAGAUUGUCUCCUCUCCCUGCCCCUCCCCACUAGCGCUCAAAAAUAAACAUUUGUAA